AUGUCGUUGGUGUGGCUAGAAGCAGCUCUGCCUCUGGGAAUCAUCGGAGGGAUGCUAUGCAUCAUGGGAAACUCUCAGUACUACAUCCACAAAGCUUAUCAUGGCCGUCCGAAGCACAUAGGCCACGAUGAGUGGGAUGUCGCUAUGGAGAGACGCGACAAGAAAGUCGUCGAGAAAGCUACAUCUCCUUCCUCAUAA